AUGCGUUCCCACACCUUCGCUAUGCUAAUCGGUAUGAGCGUCAUCAUUUGGACAAAUGGGCUCCCACUCAUUCCAAGCUCCAUUUCAGCCCGCCAGGACAUCACAACGCCUCUCGGCAUCGACGCGAAAGACCUUGACCUCGGCGAUAUAUCUCCUAUUGAAGAUGGAUGGCUCGAACUGGAUAGCGAUGAUGGAGAUGGAAACCAUCUUGGGUCCAGCUCAGUUUCAAAUGCCAACGGAUAUCUGGGCUCGGUUGGAUCCGGCCAAGCAAGCCAGAAUGGCAACUCACUGGAGGGUAGUAGCGCUGCGUGCACUAAUCCACUUACCUUCAGGUCUGACUGGUUGUGUGACUUCGGCGGCAGCAAGCAAUGGCAACAGAACAAGUACCAGUUCGACCAGUACUGGAGGAUUAAUCCGUGGCCCUCUCAUCGGGAAGAAAUCUUUGUGGUCUUUUAG